AACCAAAGAACCCAGGGCAAACCCACCAAGCACAGGGAGAACAUGCAAACCCCAUACAUACAGACCUGACGUGGGAAUCAAACCCAGGCCCUGGAGGUGCAAGAAAGAUACAACAUUUGCUCUAAAUCACACCCCGUACCGCACUACGCUCCCUCAGACCCUCCAGCACUGCUUGCUCCAUUCUCUGUUCAGGGUAAAAAGCACCAUCAUGGCCUGCAUUUUUGGAGACGUCACAAAGAUACAAACUACUGGGGCAUCAGAAAGAACAGCUAGGCAGGACAAACUUACUGUAAAAGGGGUGGAAGCAUCGUACAAACUGGCUGAGCAUGAUCUGAAUAAGAUGGACCAGUACAAGAGCAUUAUCAUUAAAGUCGCCAGAGCGAAGCAGAUGGACCCAGCUGUCAUUGCAGGCAUCAUAUCCAGAGAGUCGAGGGCUGGGGCAGUGCUUGUGAAUGGCUGGGGAGACCAUGGCAACGGCUUUGGUCUCAUGCAGGUUGACAAGCAUAAUCACACUCCAAGGGGAGCCUGGAACAGCGAGGAACAUGUCAUCCAAGGCACUGAAAUUCUAAUAGGAUUCAUAAAGGAAAUUCAAAAGAAAUUCCCCAGCUGGCCCAAGGAGCACCAAUUUAAAGGGGGAAUCUCAGCCUACAACGCUGGCCCAGGCAACGUCCGCACGUAUGAACGCAUGGACAUCGGUACCACAGGAGAUGAUUAUGCCAACGACGUGGUGGCCCGGGCUCAGUGGUUUAAACGCCACGGCUACUGACCAAUAUUUGUUUUUCACUUUACUAGUGCAUAACUGCUAUGUUUUGUGCAUGUGUUCAAAAGCACACAUAAUAAGCAACACAAGUAAUAAGCAACUCUCCUUCCAGUGUUCAAAUAAACAACAUAUAUAGAUAAAAUAAUAUACAGUAUACUACAUGUGACUAUGUGUACAGUAUAUACUAUAUGUGACAGUAUAUACUAUAUUAUGUACUAUAUCAUUGCUGUUGGUAAACGUUUUCGGAUUAUGUUGGUCACAAAAUAUGAGUUUAUGCAUAUGGUCAGUUUCUGUUGUAUAUUAGAAUAAGAACUUUCACAAAUACCUAAUAGGUAACACUUUCACCAUUUUGUCAUAAAUGGGCAAUAAUAAAUAAUGACUAUAUAUAUU